AUAGUUCAAAUAUGGCUCGAUAUGGUUAGUUUUCAAUUGUUUGUUUCUACCGGUCUCUUAUCGCCAAUUCUGUGCCAUGAAUAUUUCAUGAGCUUUGCGUCGAGCAGAUGGCAUAUGACAGCAAGAUUGACUCYAUCUUAUUGAACUAGCAGGCGAAGGACUAGAGCGCAAAUCGAGUAAAAACCGACGAUAAACUCMAAMAUAUUACGAGAAAUUUCAUUCAAUUGAAGUUCAGGAGAUGAAGAACUACCUUUCAUUCAGAUUUCUCUGAAUGGGAUGCCGCUAGUGGGAAUACAUCGGGAAAUUGAACACUCUGCAACGAGAAAUCUCCUAUCGAGUUCUAUUAGUUCGUCCAGCGAAUUCUCAAUGCCACCAUACGAAGUUGUCCCAGCUACCAGGCCCAUCAUUGUGCUYGGGCCGUCCCUUCGUGGAUAUGAGGUCACAGACUUGAUGCACAAAGCGUUAUAUAACUACCUUAAGAAGAGGUUUUCAGGAAGAAUACACAUCUUCAAGGCACAUACAGACAUAGGGUUGUCUAAGAGAUCUUCCAAGAACAAUCCAAGUGAAAAAGGCUUUGGACUGACAAAAAGCAGCCAAAGAGUAACACCCGAGGUCCAACGUGAAAUCGAACAAAUCUACGAGCUUGCCAAAAGCCUCAACAUCGUCAUUAUUGACAUAUUGGCGUGAUCUUCACCCGGAUGACCCUGAAGACACGAAACGAAUGAUGCUCAGUGGCUUAGACUUUCCAGACCGACCAAACCCCAUGUUAUCGAGCCAUUCCGGUCGUUCCACCUCAUUUAAAGAUGCCAGUGAAAGAAAACAGAGCAUGGCACCCCUGAAACUCGAUCACCUACACACACCCAGACUUAGCAUCUGUAGCGCCGAUGGCAACCCUGCACAGAGAGCACUACUGGAGAAAAACAAAGGCAAGAAAGACGACCCUAAGCAAAAACUCUCACAAAGCUCAAAACAGAAAAUAUCCGAAGCAGGAAGAAACGCACCAGGUUUCCAGGUCACGCAGUACGARGACUACCCUCAGGGUUACGAGGAAGACCCCCAGAAUGGGUACGACUAUUAUUACAGGGAUCAAGGUUACGAGCAAGGUUUCGACUACGCAGCGGAAAAUCCCUAUGGCUCACCCAUGGCCCUACAGGAAUAUGGUACUCAAAAUCAAUAUCCAGAGCAAAGCCAAUACAUGCAGGACCAUUAUCAGGAGGGACAUUAUCAUGAGGGCCACAGUGAUUACGGCCAAUAUGGGACCGAGCAAGGGUACCAGCAGGAUUAUGGCCAUGAUCCUUAUGUAGAUCAGCAGUACAUGCAGGAAGGGCAAUAUGCGUAUCAAGGGGAACAAAAUCGUUAUGACAUAUCAGCCCCUAAUCAGAUGCAAGGAUAUGGUAACUAUGACGACCGUUACCCUAACGACGGAGGCUACUAUUAAACGUUGGUGUUAAAGAGAUUUAUGUCGUCGCUAAGGCAACUUUGGUACGCCAUUGCACACUUUGCCCUCAAAUGUCAUUCGCAGAUGAAACUGCACUUCUCUUGGUUUCUUUUUUGCAAAUUAUUGUUUUCUCUUUACACAAUCGUAACACAGCGCUGCAGCUGUCUCUACAUUCAAGCGUGACACACAGUAACACUUUCACCUUGUCUUUAAAAGAAGACGCAAAAAGAAAAACAAAGAAGCGUGACAUUUUGGUAUGCGUGACACUACGGUAAUUCAGCGUGAAGCGAUACCUACAUAAMGUGAAACCUUUAUUAUAUGAUUCCAAAUUAUCUUAUGGCCUUUAAAUGCAAUGAUAUCUUGCAUGGUAUCAUUUUAACGUGCUUAUAGCUUUAGUGUAUAUUAGUUCUGUUGCAAAUUGUAAAUAUUGGGUAGUCUUUGGCGUGACAUCACUUGAAUUUGCCAUGAGCGUUACUUAAAUCAAAUCACGCUUUGGCGUGACAAGCAAUAAAUCAUGUUGCUUUGCUACCACCACACGAGUAAUUUUUACAAAGAUCAUGGCUCGCUUUCGAACUAGAAUUAGAUCUAAAAGACAUAAAUUAAACGCAAAAUAGUAAUUGUUUAGAUAAAUCGCCAGCACAUCACGCGUUAUUAAGCUUAAACUAAAAAUAUGUCAGACAAAAUGAAUAAGAAACGAUGCAGUCUUUAAACAAAAAUAAUUCUAUUACAACGUUUUAAAGUUUAGGAAAUUUAAAGGAACAGACAGUAAAUCAAACGACUGUCGAGACGUUAUCGAUUAUGUAUUCACCAGCGAGAAAUUAUUGAUUAUAAUCUAAGCAGCAUAAUUUGACUUCUUAGGCAUUGAGCAGAUUACGAAUUUUUAUCGAUUGUAUAUUGAUAAACGAACGUUUAUCGAUUGUGCUUUAAAACGAAUUUUGAAACAGCUAUUGAUGACUGUCCUAUUUAAACCUCGAACCCAAAUCUCCUGGCAGUAAAAACACGAGAGAUCUGGGUCCGAGUUUAUUAUUAAAUUAAUCAAUUACCGCAUCAUACUGUACAUAUUGAACCUAUGGGGGAGUGGGGAAGGGGAAAUCGUCGCUCCUUAUAGAAAGCCAUUAAUGAAAAAAACGUCAAGGUAGUUGUUAGAAUAUUCCCUUCCCUUCCCCCUGUAGUGGGAAUUUUAUGAUGCUUUGAUAUUCACUAGAUUAUUGGUCUUAUGAAACCCCGCUAAAUCAAGUAGGCAAGCMCGUUUAAUAUGUGCUUAAGACGUACAUAUCCGAUUGAAUCAAACAAUAGAGGUAUGGCCGGAUUGAGGGGGGCUUAGUGAGCAGUAAAAUUGAAUUAAAGGACCUUGAAGCUGUUAUAUUCAAGUUGUAUAGUAAUAAAGCACACAACUCCAAAGCAACAAA